UGUCACACGGAGACGGGGACAGCCAGCCAGGCGCCGUGGCAGCCCGUGCAGAGCACCUAGCCGCGGGCUUCUCCCCCUGUUUUAAAGCAGGCCUCUCCCCUCAGCCCCUUCUCAUCGUCAUCGCCAUCGAUAGCAGCAUCCAAUUCUUGUGCGACCCGCUCCGCUCCCCCCCAACAACAAUUCGUCCAGCGAUCCUCGUGCUCAGUUCUCCAGCAUGGCAUCCGCCGCUCCCCCCGCCACCGCCGCCGCCGGAGCCGGGCGCCGCAUCGUGGUGGCCGUGGACGAGGGCGAGGAGAGCGUGCACGCGCUCACCUGGUGCCUCGCCAACGUCGUCUCCCCGGCGGGCGGCGACACGCUCGUCCUCGUGCACGCGCGCCGCUCGCGCCCCGUCUACGCCGCCAUGGACAGCGCAGGGUACAUCAUGACCUCGGACGUGCUGGCGAGCGUUGAGAGGCACGCCACCGCCGUCUCGGCGGCGGCCGUCGACAAGGCAAAGCGCAUCUGCGCCGAGCACCCGCACCUGGCGGUCGAGACGCUGGUGGAGAGCGGGGACCCGCGGGACGUCAUCUGCGACGCCACCGACAAGGUGGGCGCCGACCUGCUCGUCAUGGGCAGCCAUGGAUACGGCUUCAUCCAGAGGGCGUUCCUGGGCAGCGUCAGCAACCACUGCGCGCAGAACUGCAAGUGCCCGGUCCUCAUCGUCAAGAGGCCUAAGGAGUAGUAGAAUGACAUCCUUGCAAUGCAAUGCUGCAGCUUGCGAGCCUGUGGCAUCAACUAUAUGUAAAUAUAUAUUUUUUCUCUUCACAUGCCACUGGUUUCUUGUUCAAGAACAUGAUCCGAGCGCUUCAGCUUUCUGUCAGUUGUUGUGCUGCAUAUUCUCUUCUGGAAUCUGAGCGCAAAGUGGUUACUCUCCAGCCGCAUUGCAGCUGGAGAUGCAGCAUCUCCAAGAUACUGUUUCUUCUAACACGAUAA